GCUUCUCCCUUCCCUCUGCAUCUCCCUUCCUUCCGUCUGCAGAUGUGGAUGCCGCGAGCCUGAGGCUUCAACGUUAGUGCAGCGACGGAGCUGGGACAAGUCAACUCUGUGUGGAGAGAGUGAACGGGAAGGGGAAAGGCUUGCAUCAGAAUCACUCGGGGCUGGGCUGAUGGAGACUUUCUCUGGAGACACAGGAGAAAGCACAGAGGACAUUCCAGGACGUAAAAAGUCCAAGCUCAAGGCUCUGAAAACACGUCUGUUCGGAAGGAGUAAGAGAGCCGGCGGAGACGGAAAGGCCAAACUCAGCCAGUCAGCCAGUGACAUCACUGCAGGAAAGGGACUAGGAUCGGAUGAAGAUUUGGCAUGCCCACAGGGCGUGAUGGGGUCGCGAGCAUUGUCCCACGACAGCAUCUUCCUGGCUGAUCAGGUUCUGACAGAUGCUGAGCCAGCCAGGGUCUUAUCUCAGGAGAACGUGCACAGCAAAAUUAAAGCUCUGCAGAUAAAGCUUCAGAAGCAGAAGAUGCAUUUCGGUCCGCCGCCCAUGGUUUGUCCGAUCAGACGUCCCGACGAUGCAGGUGGUCAUUUGGAGCACAGCCCUUAUGAUAUCCCCGAAGGAGGCAUCCUCGUCGAGAUGACAUCCCAGCCAACCUCCCAGCCUCUCUAUUCCAGCCCCAAUCCUGCACCCGCCAAAUCUCUUCCACCGACCCCGUCCAAUUCUUACCCACUUUCCGUCCCUUCCAAUUCCUUGUCUUCCUCUUCUGUCGAGGCCCCGUUAGACUUUAGCACACCAGCCCAAUUCAGCCCCUGCUUGGACACUUCGGCUGCACGUCACCGGAUGUCUGUCAAACCCAAAAACCAGAGGGCCGGCACUAAGAAGAAACCUGACGUGACUCAGUCUAAGUCUCACACGGACAUCCUGAACAACAUCGACCACCCCGAGUCCGAGAAAGAGCAAGAGCUGCUCUGUGUUCAAGAGGAGGCGACAAUGACAGCAGAAGAAGGAAGGAUCAAUAUUCCUGUCGUGACUUACGUCUCUCCUCUUUUCAAACCUGCAGAAGUAGCACAAGUCACAUUAGAGGCAACUCCCAAAUCGUCCAGUCUGAGUUUUCCCCAACAGGACCUUGAUUUUCCUGCAAUACUAACCCCUCCGUCCUCCCCGAUUUUCCCCCGAGUCAGACUUCGAAGAGGUGUGGAUGCAGGGUAUAAUGAGCGGCCUCACUCGUCCUUCAUAGAGUCAGAACUGAAGAACAAAACAGAAGGGGAGAUACAAGUGACGUUCCAUUACAAGAAGAGUACUCUCAACAAGGAUGAAGCCUCCCCCGACCAGCUGCCCGCCGCCCCCACCUCGAUGGCGGCCUUCAGGUCUUCUUCCCUUCGACAGGUUGAAGUUGAAGGCGAGAGCAUGAGAGGAUUUAAAAGAUCUGCCCCAGGAUCUGGCUCUUUCCAUUUAUCCGUCAACACUUCCCCAAACCAGGACAGCGAAAGACCACGAUCGGGGAGUUUUAUAGGAGUGCUGGGACACACUGAAACUAAGCAUAAGACAAUCGAGGCGGUUGAAGAGAAAAGUUUGAAGGAAAGGGAGGAAUUUAGAAGCGUCCAGCUCAGAGCAAGCCCCUUCUCUUUGAGAAGACUUGGGCAAGAUGCAACGCCACCCGCGACCCCAGUUGUCCCAUGGGAGAGGAAGGACAGCCUUAAAAAGGUAGAAUCAGACGAACCGUCUAAAAAUGUCCCUCCGGGUGGCGUGGAAGGAGGGGAACUGGAGAGCAGCCAGGAGGAGGUGGAAGAGGCAGUGGAGGCGAAGGAGGUUCAGGAGGUUCAGGAGGAAGACGGAAAGACAGCGUUCGGCGUUAAACUGCGCUCCACAUCUCAGUCGAUCAGACUUCGGUCUGAUUCUGCUACGGACCGGAACGCGAAGACUGUGGAGCAAAAAAGACUGAAAAUAAGUGAUAAUGCCAGUUCUGUGUGUGAAAGACUGCCAGCGAACAUGGUUAGCACCACGUCCACCACUGAAGAAGUCAGACCAACAGGUCUCGUCCCGUCUGACUUCCACGUUCCAAUCAAGGAUAAUGCUCCGAUUGACAGCAGUCCCCCUGUCAUGCCUGCUGAGGUCCCAAUGGCCUCCACAAACCCCAGAGAAGCAGAGAGUAAACCCCAGGAACCGCAACCUGCCCCUCAGACGGCCCCGUCCGAGGUGUCCUGGAUGAGUCUGGCAAUGGAAAAGACUAGGAGCCUGCAACAGCUUUUCACUAGCAGAUUCCCCAGAGAUUUUACAAGCAAUGCACAGACAAAUACGCAAACUCCAGGUCGAACCCAAGCACAAGUGCAGUCCACGAGUCAAACAGAGACUGCUGCACAAGUGCUGACCCAGACUGUAAAGAUGCAACAAAGUGCAACGCCUGUACAAGCUGCAAAUCAACGGCCGGGGGAAACAAAAAAAGCAGAAACUGUUCCAAGUCAAGUGCAGACCGUCAAACCGUCUCCGGUGGCGGGGCAACAGAAAAUGUCAGUGACAACGCCUGUUCAGUCAAAUACCUCUAAAGAGCAACAAACGUCAAGGCAAAGCAGUGAAGAUCAGUCAAUUACAAGUCAGUCUGUCUCACAGUCUGUACGGACCGUUCCAUGGACAACCCAGUCCCGGUUUCGCUCCUCCUCACAACCAGAAACCACAUCUCAGUUUGCACAGGGGAACACCACACAGUCUCCUCCAAAGUCUCACCUCCCCUCAGGCCAGCAGCAACCCCCUUGGAGCAAUAGAGAUCUGCAACCCACCAACCAGCUCAAAUCCACAACUUCAGCUUCAGUUUCUGCUGUCACAUCAACUGCCACUCCUCCUCCGGCUUCAGCCUUCGGAAGUUUGGAAAGAGAAACCCCGGUGCGAAAGGAGUCGAACUCAAUCAGGCGAGCGGUUUGGGCUGGUUCACUGAGCGAGAGGGCUGUUUUUUUGGAACGGGCACAGGGGACCAUGGCACCUGGACCCAAGGGGGUGGAAUUGAGGAAGGUUCAAACAGAAAUGCAGGCAUCCGAUGAGGCCUCCGCCUUGACAGGAACGUCACCUCAAAGCAAAGACACAACGCCAGAGGGAAGACAAGGGGUAAAACUUGCAGAAUCAAGUCCCACCAAAGUUCCAGAAAGGCCUCGAGAGGACAAAUGGCAGCGAAAAAACACAGUGGCGUCUUCACUGCCUUCGUCGUCGUCGCCCACUUUGCCAUCGGUGUUGCAGUCGAUGUCCGACAGCGGACAGCCAUCCUGGAUGGAACUAGCCAAGAGGAAGUCAAUGGCCUGGAGCGAUAAGACCAUGGACUAACAAGGAAACGGAGUGUGAAAUCAAGAAUGUAAACAUCCAUGCAGACUACCGUCAUUGAGGUUAACGUGCUGCAUGUUUCCUGGGGCUGUCAGACGUGUUGAUUCAACUCUUGUCGCUAAUUGUCGAGGCUGUUGUGUUUGUGUUCGAUCGUGAAGUGUUGAUGUUUUAUUGAAAAAAAAGCAGAGUAUAUUCUCAAAUGUCAUUUAAAUAUACCUACUUUAAGAUAAGGUGUGUUUAUAAAGAAUGUUUAACGUGUGAUUCAGCAGUUCAUUGCAGUUAAAGGUUUAUGUUAAAUAAUAAAAUUUAUAAUGCCGAA